CUUGUUGCAAUGGCCGUGGACAGAUAUAUUGCUAUUUACAAGCCACUGCAAUAUUUAAUUAUCAUGAAGAAAGGAAUUUGCAUAGGAUUGGUAGUAGGAGCAUGGCUGAGUGGCUUUGCUCACUCCAUUAUCCAGAUUGGAAUUCUCCUUCAGCUCCCCUUCUGCAAAUCCAACAUUUUGGACAAUUUCUACUGUGACAUUCCUCAGCUCAUCAAGCUGGCAUGUGCUGAUACUUACACAACCGAACUUCUGAUGGUUUGUAAUAGUGGGCUUCUCCUGACAUUGAUCUUCUUUACUUUGCUGGUGUCAUAUACCGCCAUCUUAGUAAAGAUUCGGAGGCACAUCACUGAAGGGAAGCACAAGGCUCUUUCUACCUGUGCUGCCCAAGUCACAGUUAUGAGUUUAAUUUUUGUUCCAGGGAUGGUCAUUUAUGACCGCCCUUUCAAGAUAUUUCCAGCAGACAAGAUUGCUUCAGUCCUCUAUACUGUUUUGACACCAAUGCUGAAUUCCAUGAUCUUCACUCUUCGGAAUAAGGAGAUGAAACUCACCAUUAAGAAGCUCAUGAGGAAAUGCUGUCUUUCUAAAACGACAGAAGCACCACAUUCUAUUUGA